UGACUAAGCGGAGGAAGCACUUGCUAUCCUUGCACUACCGGGCCAGACAAUCCUUCCCUCGGCUGCAGAUCCCACUGGAUCCCUUCCCAUAAUGGAGGUGUGAGUGCCAAGAUCCUCCAUGACCUCCAGAAGCCACAACUCCUUGCCGAGAACUCUGAUGGCUCCACGAAUGCUUUCCGAAGGUGCUCUGGGGGGCAUUGCCCAAAUCACCCCCUCGCUGUACCUGAGCCGGGGCAGCGUCGCCUCCAACCGGCACCUGCUCCUGUCCCGAGGGAUCACCUGCAUAAUCAACGCAACCAUCGAGAUCCCCAACUUCAAUUGGCCCCAGUUUGAAUAUGUCAAAGUGCCUUUGGCUGACAUGCCCAACGCCCCCAUCUCCUUGUACUUCGACAGCGUUGCCGACAAGAUCAACAGCGUGGCACGGAAGCACGGGGCCACCUUAGUCCACUGCGCGGCCGGCGUGAGCAGGUCAGCCACCCUGUGCAUCGCCUACCUGAUGAAGUACCAUAAGGUGUCCCUCUUCGAGGCAUACAACUGGGUCAAAUCAAGGCGCCCUGUUAUACGCCCCAACGUGGGCUUCUGGAGGCAACUGAUAGACUACGAGAGGAAGCUGUUUGGGAAGACAACGGUUAAAAUGGUACAGACACCAUAUGGCAUCAUCCCAGACGUUUAUGAGAGAGAGAGGAGACCCCUGAUGCCUUACUGGGGAAUUUAAUGUGACUGCAGACGGGAAGCACAGCGGAAGGGACAUGCUGUUCCAAGUCGACCAGACUGGAGAUGUUCCCUUCUCUUUCUACAGCCAACUUUGGUUCUUUACCAUACAGCAGAACCUCAACUAAUUUUCACCUCACUAACCCGCAAGGCCAACAGUUCCCUUCGAAGCAUUUCUCUCUACAGGGAUUCCCCCAUCCCAUUUUUCUCUGAUUUAGCAGAAUGAGAUCUUCUUAUAAGUUUCUUCCUUUCAUAAAGCCUCCCUCUCUUUUUAGUCAGUUUAUUAGUAUCCUAUGAGGAAAGGCCUACGAGGCAUUCGGCAGAAUUAAUGAACAAAGUGCGCUUUGUGAUGCGGUAGCCUGGAUAUUUCUUUAAUAGCUUGUUUGCUUCCUUGCAGAAUCCUGUAGUGGUUUGGGAGCAGCACUGGCACCACAGGGAAGUCCAGCUCUAACAGCAUGGCUUCCAGGAGCAGGGAGGAGGUAGUGCAGGGUUGCGUUGCUAGUGCUGGUGUUUUCUUUAACAUCUGUAGUGACUCUCAGUAUAUAGUGUUUGAGAUCUUUAGUCAGCUCUUAAUCUGUAUUAAAAGUCAAAAAGAAUGAAGUCAGUCCGUGUCAGGCACAAGUGAAAUAAAAUUUGAAUGAUUGGAAUCAAGUAAAUACCAAGCCCUUCUUCACUCAUUCCAUGCCAGGGCAAUAGUCCUGGAAUACACUGACACUUCUGAAAAGUACUGCUGGUGUUCCGUGGGUGGAAAGGAAACACAAUUUGUGAACGUGUGGCUCAAAGCAGCAGCAGGAGGUUAACCCUUCCCUUCCCACCACACAGCCAAGGGGAUGUUUAGGAAACGCUGUGUGCGUGGCCACCUUCCUAAAGGGCUGAGUUGCAUUUCCUAACAUUCAGACAAGCAGUGGACUGGAAGUAGGUACACCCACUGGAGUACUUUGCUCUAGAUACGGUCGUGAUCUGCCUUAGCCCAUUUCUCAAACACUUCAUUAUGUCCUCAAGGUUAUGUUGCAUUCUAGAAUUGUUCUGCACAAAAAGGCGAUCUGUUUCACCUCCGGAUGGGGAUGGCGGUACGGAAAAGGCUUUGCCUCGCUCUGUUCGUGAUGAGAGAGAUUCCAACUGGAGACGUGGGAGAAACCUGUCUGUGGCACAGCUGCUGCCUCCUGGGCACCGCUGCCCUCCCCGCAGAUGGAGCAAGACCUUCCUGUCCUCUGCUGCAUCCCUGCCGGAUGAGUACGCAGAUUGCUGGAUGCUGAGAUAGCUAUCUGAUUUAAAUGAGAUUCUAUACUUGUAAAAAAAAAAAAGUCAAUAAAGAGUAAACUAGAA